GCGGGGUUUGGCUGGGCCGGUCCAGGAUGCAAGAUCCUGGAGGGAAGAAAAGGUGUACUGUUUGGGGUGCUCAGCGGGCUGGGCUGGCUUGGCAGGGCUGGGAUCUUCAGAACAGGUAAUAACCUGGAGGCCUGUUCGUCUGAACCAUAGAUAGAAGGACAAGGCGAGAUCUCCGGGUAACAGGAUGGAUUUCGGAACCCCUGACCUGCUGGAUGUGUGGCUGGAGCCCCCAGAUGAUGUCUUAACAGGACCCUUCCUGGAGCUGGGACUCCACUGUCCACCUCCCGAAGUCCCAGUGACUAUGCUACAAGAACAGGGGCUGCAAGGCUGGGAGUCCAGUGGGGCCCAUGCCUGUGGCCUUCAAGAGAGUGAGCCUGAAGAUUUUCCGAAGCUUUUCAUUGAUCCCAAUGAAGUGUACUGCUCAGAAGCAUCUCCUGGCAGUGACAGUGGAAUCUCUGAGCACCCUGGUCGUCGAGACAGUCCCCCUGUCCCCCAGGCACCCAGCUCUCCUGCCCUCUAUGAAGUUGUUUAUGAGACAGAGGCCCUGGAGAAGAUGCAGGAGGAAGCUGGGCCAGCGGUGGGCUUCAUCUCCAUUCAGCUAGAUCAGUGGAGCCCACCUUUUAUGAUGCCUGAUGCCUGCAUGGUCAGCAACGUGCCCCUUGAUGCUCAUGCCCACAUCCUGCCCAGAGCAGGCACUGUAAACCCAGUGCUUCCUGCCACCCUGCUACCCUGUCAAGCCUUGUUCCUGACAGAUGAGGAGAAGCAUCUGCUGGGGCAGGAAGGGAUUUCCCUGCCCUCUCACCUGCCCCUCACCAAGACAGAGGAGAGGGUCCUCAAGAAGGUCAGGAGGAAAAUCCGUAACAAGCAGUCGGCUCAGGACAGUCGGCGGAGGAAGAAAGAAUACAUCGAGGGACUGGAGAGCAAGGUGGCUGCCUGUUCUGCACAGAACCAGCAACUACAGAAAAAAAUCCAGGAGCUGGAGAGGCACAACAUGUCCCUGGUGACUCAACUCCGCCAGCUGCAGAUGCUCAUUACUCAAACUUCCAACAAAGCCGCCCAGACCAGCACUUGUGUUCUGAUCCUUCUUUUUUCCCUGGCUCUCAUCAUCCUGCCCAGUUUCAGCCCCUUUCGAGGUCCACCAGAAGCUGGGUCUGAGGAUUACCAGCCUCAUGGAGUGAUUUCCAGAAAUAUCCUGAUUCACAAGGACGUAACAAAAAAUUGGGAGACCCCAGAGGUAGAGUCCAGAUUGGGGGGGCCACCUGGGAUCAAGAGUGCAAAUGGCUCAACAACGACUCUGCUUGAGAAGACGGGAGGAAAGACAGGCCCCCGCGGGCUCCUCAGAACUGUGCUACAUGCAGAUGAAAUGUGA